GUUGCAAAUUAACCUUUUUCCACCUGCGCGCGAGCAGGCAGCUUAAGCCUUAAUCAUUAAAACAGACUCAGCUGGCGCGAACUCCACGCUCUCUACCGCAACCCCACCAGGACUCGCGCCUUCCACCAGGCCACGCCCACUGCCCUGAACCGCGCCCGCUUUGAUGCCGCGAGCCACCGCCUGUGCCUUCUGCGAGCGUUGAGCUGCGCAUGCGUAGUGGAGUGAGGCCUGGUCUCCAGCGCCGUCCUCUGAGCCGGGCGGUUUGAGGCGAAGGGGUGGACGUCAGACGGCAGAGAAGGUCAGUCCGGUGUCGCCCCUUCCCGCUUUACCCGCGGGCCGUUCCCUUCCGUGGCCUCCGAACAGCUUCCUGGGGCCAACAUGAGUUUGUUUGGGUCAACAUCAGGAUUUGGAACUGGAGGCACCAGCAUGUUCGGCAGCACUGCUACAGAUAACCACAAUCCGAUGAAGGACAUUGAAGUUACUUCUCCUCCUGAUGACAGCAUCGGUUGCUUGGCUUUCAGUCCACCGACAUUGCCGGGCAAUUUCCUUAUUGCAGGAUCGUGGGCAAACGAUGUUCGUUGUUGGGAAGUCCAGGAUAAUGGGCAGACUAUUCCAAAAGCACAGCAGAUGCACACGGGCCCCGUGUUAGACGUUUGUUGGAGUGACGAUGGGAGUAAAGUGUUUACAGCGUCUUGUGAUAAAACUGCCAAGAUGUGGGACCUCAACAGUAACCAGGCAAUACAAAUUGCGCAGCAUGAAGCUCCUGUUAAAACCGUCCAUUGGAUUAAAGCACCAAAUUAUAGCUGCGUAAUGACUGGAAGCUGGGAUAAAACACUCAAGUUUUGGGAUACGCGAUCACCGACUCCGAUGAUGACGCUGCAGUUGCCUGAGCGGUGUUACUGUGCUGAUGUGGUAUACCCCAUGGCCGUUGUGGCUACUGCAGAGAGAGGUUUGAUAGUUUAUCAGUUAGAGAAUCAGCCUUCAGAAUUUAGAAGAAUAGAAUCUCCGCUUAAACAUCAGCAUCGCUGUGUGGCGAUUUUUAAAGACAAAGUGAACAAACCGACCGGGUUUGCCCUCGGAAGCAUUGAGGGAAGAGUGGCCAUUCAUUACAUUAACCCACCAAAUCCUGCGAAAGACAACUUCACGUUCAAGUGUCACCGUUCCAAUGGCACAAACACAUCUGCACCUCAGGAUAUCUAUGCUGUAAACGAAAUUGCUUUUCAUCCUGUCCACGGCACUCUUGCAACCGUAGGGUCUGACGGUAGAUUCAGUUUUUGGGAUAAAGAUGCGCGGACCAAGCUGAAAACAUCGGAGCAGCUGGACCAGCCAAUAUCUGCCUGCUGCUUCAACCAUAAUGGCAACAUUUUUGCAUAUGCUUCCAGCUAUGACUGGUCAAAGGGACACGAGUUCUAUAACCCCCAGAAGAAGAACUAUAUUUUUCUGCGCAACGCUGCUGAAGAGUUAAAACCCAGAAACAAGAAGUAGUGAGUAUCAUUCACAGCAUCCGUUUCAGCACUGCCUUUUUGCCGUGUGCCACCGUUGGGUCUUCUGGUUGCCUGUUUUGGAUUGGUAACUUGCCGCUCAGCAGGGACUCUGUAACUAAUAACCAAGCACAUUCUCAUAGGCUGGGAAAUGAUCUUUUGAGUGACUUUGUUUUAUGCUGCACCAGCUGCUACCUGACACGGGUGUGAAGAUGUGUUGGUUUCUUUAACCGUUGUGGUAGCCCCACGUUGGACCGAGAAGCACCGCUUGCAUCCUAAGUAACGGCUUGACAACAAAAAUAUAUUUUACAAACACUUCAGGGGAGGAAUGUACAUUGCCAUCGUUGCAGGCAAACUUCCCUCCCCCAUCUUUGCUUGAGAGCUCCCCCCCAGGGAUGGGGGAAUAAUCUGAACGGGGGGGGGGGGGCUUUCUUUGUUCGUUGUUUCACAGAGAUAAUAAGUUUUAUUUUUUACCUAUGGGCCACCGAGACGAAAAGGUGUGUUUAAAAUUUGUUGCGUCUUUUGUAUUUUACAUAGCGUCUUCACUCAACGUGAGCACGCUGGGGCAAAGAUCCCAGGUAGAGACCAUGUAGGCAUUUAUAACGAUGCAUUCCAGUAGUUAAGUUUCAGUUCUGCUUUUUUUUUUAUUUAACAGCUGCAUCCCCUUUAACUUAAAAUGCCGGGGGGCAUAGUUUUGAGGUGUGAGCGAGCCGCUAGGAGCUUAGAGUAUCUUCUCCAGCCCUGUCUCUCAACCGCAACCGUGUCCUUAGAACUGUUCCACAAUUCCAGCCUUGAGGCCUCAGCGUCAGUGUAGACACAGGUCUUCUGAGGGUGCUGUUCAUUUCCCUCAGGCCUGCUGUACAGGCCACUAAGCAUGCCCAGCAGAAACUGCUGUCUGUGCCUGCGGUAUCGAGGCAAAGGGAGCUAUAGCUUCAAGAAUGUUUUAUGUGAAUGUGCCACAUAAUGCAACUUCAACGGUGACCCAUUUCAUGCCCUACAGGACUGUGUGUGUAGCUAUUUCCAGAGGUCUCCCACAUAGGAAGAGCUGGGUUUUUUUUCCCCUUGCUAUGCCAGUUUCAGUAUCUUAAGACAGGCAAACGUCUUCAGGUGACCAGCGUAGGAGAAACUUGUGUGGAGGCUUCUGUAAUGUUCCUCUAGGCCAGACUUGUUCUUAGAAAUGCCAAAAGAUUGUCUUUUAAAAAAAACAAAUAAAGCUGGGUGCCUAUUUGUGUGGAGUGGAGGGGAAAAUGAGGAGGACUGGAGCUUGUAUGCCGAGGCGCUUCUUGGCUGUCCAAAACCUCUGUAAAAACCCGUAUGUUGUACGAGUUGCUACAAAUGAAAUAAAACUGUUUAUUAAAAUGCUUCUGCAUGUA